AGUCUUAUAAUCAUUACAGUGGAGGAGAUGUGUUACAGAAGACUACACUUCCCAGAAGCCCUAUGUGGUGCUGCUGCCCCCAGAUCAGAGCAGUUGUAACACUGUGCCCGUUGCAUUGUUUUGCUGGAAUUUUAUUUCAUUCCCCAGGACGGAUAAUUGCUGGGUGAGGAGAAUGGGAGAUGAGCAGGAGAUCAUGUGCAAACUGGAGAGCAUUAAAGAGAACAGGUAUCUGUUACCUCUCUGGGCACAUCCGAAUGCUCAAAGCAAGAAACACUAACAUUGGAUCUCAGGACGGUCUCGUACAGUCUUCAUGAUGCUACUGAAUAUCCAUCUUUGCCAGUACUGAAAGUGAAAGAGAAGAGCUUGGGGUUUUUGGCUGCCAGCUCAACGUGAUGACGGCUUGGUCCAUGGUCAAGAAAUUGGAAAUGCAAAAGAGGCCCUCCAAAGAGAGGGUAGCUGAAAAAGAGAUGGAGUACUCACAGGACCUGGGGGACUGCAGUGGGGAAUCUGAUGAAUGGACCAGCUCAGAAAGUGAAGCAGAGCAGCAAAUAGGGAGGAGUGGACUGGGGGGAUAUGGUAACACCUUAUUUAAGGAAUUGGAUAUUUCCAGCAAACCCCAUCGUCAGCUGUGCAGGUCUCCUUGUUUGGACCAUCCUAGUUUCUCUCAGAGCAGCAUUCAGGCCCUCACGGACAACCAAAUAAAACUUGAGGACGCAAAGAGCAAUCUCAACAGGGAAUACCAAGCAAAGAUGGACUUUGCCUUAAAGUUGGGCUAUACUGGGGAACAGAUACAAGCUGUCCUUAACAAGCUGGGUGCAGAAGCACUUAUUAAUGACAUCCUGGCUGAGCUGGUGAGGCUGGGCAACAAGGGAGAGUCAGAGACGCAAAGCAGUGGAGGAAGUGGGAGCAGUGGAAUCCUGGUACCCAGGGGACCCUGUACCAAAGAGAUUGCUAGUCCAGAACUGUCUUUAGAAGAUGAAAUCGUAGACAACAAUGAAAAUCUAAGACCUAUUGUUAUUGAUGGAAGCAAUGUUGCUAUGAGCCAUGGGAAUAAAGAGGUCUUCUCCUGCCGAGGGAUACAGCUGGCUGUGGAGUGGUUCUUGGAGAAAGGCCAUAAGGACAUUACUGUGUUUGUGCCAGCAUGGAGGAAAGAGCAAUCCCGCCCUGACGCACCAAUCUCAGAGCAGGAAAUUUUACGGAAACUGGAGAAGGAAAAGGUUUUGGUAUUUACACCUUCCCGCAGGGUGCAGGGCAGAAGAGUGGUGUGUUAUGAUGAUCGAUUCAUAGUUAAGCUUGCCUUUGAUUCUGAUGGAAUCAUCGUGUCCAACGACAACUAUCGUGACCUCCAGAAUGAGAAACCGGAGUGGAAGAAAUUUAUAGAAGAGCGCCUCCUUAUGUACUCAUUUGUGAAUGACAAGUUUAUGCCUCCAGAUGAUCCUUUGGGAAGGCAUGGUCCCUCUCUGGAAAACUUCCUGAGAAAAAAGCCUGUUAUCCCUGAGCACAAGAAGCAACCCUGUCCUUAUGGUAAAAAAUGCACAUAUGGGCACAAGUGUAAAUAUUACCAUCCUGAACGUGUGAACCAGCCUCUGCGCUCAGUGGCGGAUGAGCUAAGGAUAAGUGCAAAGCUGUCAGCAGUGAAGACUAUGAGUGAAGGUGCUUUAAUGAAAUAUGGAACAGUGCCAUCCUGCAUAAAGGGAGAUGGGAUCAUUGAAACAAAGCGUAUUGCCCCCAAGAGACAGUCAGACCCCAGCAUUCGUUCUGCAGGCGUGGAACCAGAGCAGACACUCUCAGCAGCUCGCAAAUCCGAAGCCAAUUCUGUACCAUCCCUGGUGUCUGCUCUGAGUGUCCCAAUCCUUCCCCCUACAAAGAGCCAUGCUGUUAGUGCUUUGAAUACCCGAUCUGCAAGCAGUCCUGUUCCAGGAUCAUCCCAGUUCUCCCACCAGAAGUCAUCUCUGGAGCACAUGGGGAGUGUUCAUUAUCCUCCUAUCCUGGUGACCAACAGUCAUGGCAACUCAGUGAGUUAUACGGAAGAGUACCCAAAAUAUGAGUCUCUAGGAGACCAUGGAUAUUACUCUAUGCUCAGUGAUUUUUCCAACCUGAGUAUUAGUAGCAUGCAUAGCUCAGAAUAUUACCUGCCAGAACAGAAACAAGCAGGUUUUUCCAGGAACUCUAGCCCUUGCCCAGAAAGCUGCAUGAGUCACAAUAGCAGUGGCUCCUACUCCUCUUACAGUGACCUAUAUCUAGGUAUAUCUGACCCUGGCCUUGAAGAUAACAUGAAGCCUGCAAGGCAACUACCACAAAGCCGCCUGCAGCCAUUUGCUCAUGGUUAUCAUGAAGCCUUAACCAGAGUUCAGAGUUAUGGGCAAGAGGAGCCAAUGCAAGCAUCACGGAAACAAUCCUCUUCCCAUUCAGCCCUUCAUAUUCAACAUCCACUCGUUGGAGCACGAUCCAGCUGCCCAGGAGAUUACCCAGGGCAGGAGAACAUGCAUACUGGAGCCAAUGCCCAGCCAGGUAGGGCACUGGUUAUGACACGAAUGGAUAGCAUAUCUGAUUCUCGGCUCUAUGAGAGCAACCCCAUGAGGCAAAGGAGGCCCCCAUUGUGUCGGGAGCAGCAUGCUAGCUGGGACCCCUUACCAUGUCCCACAAAUUCAUACAGCUACCAUUCAUACCCACUGAACAACUUGAUGCAGCCUUGCUAUGAGCCAGUCAUGGUAAGAAGCAUGCCUGAGAAGAUGGAGCAGCUCUGGCAAUCUCCCCACUGGCAACCAAUGUCAGGGGAACCUAGAGAUCAACAUGUCAUUCCAGAACAUCAGUACCAGACCUACAAGAACCUUUGCAACAUCUUUCCACCAGGCAUUGUCCUCUCUGUGAUGGAGAAGAACCCACAUAUGACAGAUGCCCAACAACUAGCAGCCGUCAUUGUUUUACGGUUAAGAUCGGGUCGUCACCAUUGCUAGUCAGCAGUGGACAACAGUAUUCAAACCUGAAUUAAUUUUACUACAUAUGUAGAAGUCAUGUUGCGCAGUUCUGUGCCAUUGAUUUUGGACUUAACGAACACACAAAACCUUUAUUUAUUCUUUUUAAAGCUGAGAUUAGGGGGUUGUAUGGCAUUCCUGGUAGAGUGCUUACCUAGUUAUUUUUUCCAUGCUUAGCCUGCAUGACAGGUUGAGUCACUGGAGGGAAGUACAGCUACUUUUGAUUCUUAAUACAGAAGAUGGAAGGGGUGUUUUAAUCCCUCACAUGCUGGAGGUAACAGCAACUUAUUAUUUGCAUUCUGUUGUGUUAAGGUAUAAGGUUCAAGCUGUGCAGAAAACAAACUGUUCAUAUUGAUAGCAAUUUGAAUGCAUGCAUUUGUAUGUAUUUUCAGUGUGGGAUCAGUAUAAAUGUAUGUGUGCAUACAUAAAUAUGUGUGUAUAUAUACAUAUAUAGAAUAUUUACUUAUCUUUAGUGUACAUGAGGUCCUCUUUGUCGCUGAAGGUCAUUUAAUUGAUGUACAUUCCCAGACAUUUCCAGAUCUUUCUGUAUACUUUUUAACAUCCCCCCCCCAUUUCUCAGUUUCCACUCCUUUUUGAUGUUGUAAUUAGAGAAUAUUAUUUUAUAAACUUCACACUUUGACAGGACAGUUAAUAGCACCUUUACUAAUAAGCUGUAUUUACAAUCUUACUCUAGAGUUCUGACACAGAAAAUAGUCCUGUUGCUUUGGAGGGCUGCAGAUUUGUGGCAACUUAGGGUCCUCUCUGUCCUACCUUAACAACAAACCUGCUUAUUGAAUUCCAACACCCAGUGUCCACCAACAGCUAAACGUUGUCCAGAAGAAUUCUGGGUUUUGUAAUUCACCAACAGGUGGUUGGCCUUGGAUUGGACACCUCUAGCUUUUAUGUUGUGAAAAUGUUGCCAAACCCUCUCACCAGUAGUUUAGCCCCUUAGCAUUUUUCAAGCACAGUGGUUCAUAUAUCUUGAGUUCAAUUCAAACACAAUUUUUAUUGUGGGACUCUAGCAAAGCAUUGCAAAAUAGCUGAACACUAAAGAGGAAUAUGCUCUUCUUAGCAUGGUAUUACCUAUAAGCCAUUUGGUUUGGUAGUGUUUAAUUUAGGGAUGCACCAAAUCCACUAUUUUGAAUUCUUCGUGAAAGAUUCGACUAAACACUGACCUGAAU